AUGAAUACUGGGUGGAUUUCCUCCAUUUCUUUUUCGUUUUUUUCUGCACAGAGGAUGAAGCGACUUCCCGUCCGAGAAAUCGGCCUGCUAUGCGAACGGCUGCAGUCAGUGCAAGGUAGUGACGCAAAGUUGCAAGGCGCCAUUGCGGAGGGAAUUCGCACGCGCGUGGUGGACAAGAACACAUUGCCUUUUAUUGUCCAGCGACUAGCACUCAGUGGAAAUUGGCAACUGGCGGUAAAAGUGAUGGAAAGCGAGUGUCUUGACCGGCGACAGAUUCGACGCGAUCAGAACGCCUGGCCGAUUCUUGAGCGUGUGGCGCCAUGCGGAGAGAGUCGCGACGCGAUUCGGCGUGCGCUUGUGCGGCUUUAUGGUGUGGCAUGCCGUCCUAAAACAAAAUGA